ACAUGGGGUUGAUCUAACUAGUUUUGCCGUGAAACCCAAACCUAAUGAUUGAUCAAAAUACUACGCACCAGAUUGCUCAAAUUUAUUUUAUUUCUGUCGGUCCCGUCGGGGCUAUGUGUCGAUUUGGUUUAGGGGCUGCGAUGGCGUUUUACCGUAACGACGCGAGUAAACGGGCAGGACUGUAGAACUGCAGAUUCUCCGGCUGCGGUGGACAUUUUUUUACUACCUAACAUCUGCACUGCAAAACAGCAUCCUCAAGCAGUCGUUUGGGACGAAAACAUUUGAGAAUCCAAAGGAGCGAUAGUCGUGAAUUAAGCCAAACCACGUUUGUUCCUCGCUGUGCUUUGGUCCUGACCAAGUGGGUAUUUCUCCACAAAUGGAUAAUGGAGGCUGGGGCCAUAGGAUGACUACUCCUGUUACCUUAAACGUAGGAGGUCACCUUUACACGACCAGCUUGUCCACACUGCAGCGUUAUCCGGAUUCCAUGCUGGGGGCCAUGUUCCGGGGAGACUUCCCGACAGCCCGCGAUUCCCAAGGAAAUUACUUCAUUGACCGCGACGGAACGCUUUUCAGGUACAUCCUGAACUUUUUGCGGACUUCGGAACUCACCCUCCCAGCCGACUUUACAGAGACUGACCUACUUAGGAAAGAGGCAGACUUCUACCAGAUCGAACCCUUGAUACAUUGCUUAAGUGAUCCCAAGCCGCUGUAUCCUCCGGACAUCUUUGAGCAGGUUGUGGAACUUUCCAGCACCCGCAAACUGUCCAAAUAUUCCAACCCAGUAGCUGUUAUCAUCACACAGUUAACCAUAACGACGAAGGUCCAUGCCCUGCUGGAGGGCAUUUCCAACAACUUCACCAAGUGGAACAAACACAUGAUGGACACCAGAGACUGCCAGGUGUCCUUCACCUUCGGGCCGUGUGACUAUCAUCAGGAGGUGUCCCUGCGAGUUCACCUCAUGGACUACAUCAUGAAACAAGGCUUCACCAUACGGAACACGCGUGUCCACCACAUGAGCGAGCGGGCCAAUGAAAACACUGUAGAGCACCACUGGACUUUCUGUAGACCGGCACAAAUAGUGGAAGACUGACUCAUUGCUGUUACAUUAUUUAGUGUGAUUUCAAGGUCAAAUGCCCAUGCACAUUGCAUAAAGGGAGGUUUUUUUUUUUUUUUUUUUUUUUUUUUGCUUGUACUUCAAAAAAUUAUCUUCAUCGAUCAAUCAAUACUUUAUUUAUCAAGCACCGUUCACACUUUGAAGCAGUGUCUAUUAACCUAAUUUGGGCCCUUGCUUUUCCAUUACAAAAUCUACUGACUCACCUCGAGACAUGUGCCGAUUACUGUUUUCAAGGUAUACUGUGGUAUGAAAACAUCAAGGGUUCAAAAUCGCCAAAAUUUUCUGUCAUACUCUCCAAAAAAUGCAUGGAGAAAUCCCUCGCUUGCAGCUGCAAGGCUCAACCCUCCCCCACCAGUUGUUGCUCAGUGUCAAUGAGUCAGCUGUGCUACACGAUGGCCAGAGGAGGUGAAACUCCUGAACUUUUUUCAUCCCAUCAAAGAAAACGAAAUCGUUGGUAUGGGAAUACUUCGGCUAGACAUCUCAAAGUGACACAUUUUAGAGCUGUUAUUGCAAUACCGUGAAACUGUGAUAUUUUGGCUUAAGGUUAUCGUACCGUCAGAAUCUCAUACAUGCACAUGCCUACUCAUCACCAUACAAAAAUUUCACAAAAGUGUAAAAAUUAUAAUGUCAAAUUUCCUGAGUGUAAAAUGUGGACCUGUUUCGUUGAACACAGAUGAACAAAAAUGGAGCCUCAAAAACGUCGACGACCUGCGCAAGUGCAUUUAAUUGUUCUGCCUGUCACUGUAUGUUGCAUGCAUAGAUAGAUGAACAAAGAGAAAUUGUUGGCUUCAAAAAAAAUUUAAAUGAAUAAUUUCCCUGUGGCAAUAAUAAUACCCCACCUCACAUUCCAUGUAUUAAACUAGUCAUAUGACUGAGAAGACAUCACAGUGACUAUACAUGAAGCGCACCUUUAAAAAAAAAAAAAAAAAAAAAAAAGCCAUGGUAAAAACUUCCAUAUCAUUGCUGUAAGUGAUACAAAUGUAUGUUGUACAUUUUGGAAGAGCAAUACAUCCUGCAGCUUUUAUUCUGCAACAAUGUCGUGAAUGGGUAGCAUUGAAUGGCAACUGUUCCCUGUGCCGUGUGUGUGUGUGUGUGUGUGCGCGUGUGGUAUACAUUUAAAUUAUUCUUUGUCUUGGUGUUCAACACUUUCAAAGAGAGGCCAAAUAAACAGUUGCGCACCAUGAAAAGUAGCAUGUAAAAUGCCUUCUUUGGGCUUCAGCAACCUUCUUCGGUUGCUGUAGGACUUGAUUUAAAAUUGACAUUUUGCCUCACAAGUUGUUCUGUCUAGCAAGAAAAAAAUAUAUACAAUACUGUAUAAACUUUGAGUCCAUUUCUGUUGAAAGUUGAGUUUGAAAGAGUCUAGUGCUUUGGAAUUCGAAUGGUACUUUCUUUCCUCCGUCCCUUGUAGUUGUUGCAUGUGUUUAAUGUAUGUUUAGUAGAUGUGUUUCAUGUUAUUAUACUUGUCAUCAAUAAAUCAACAUUUGUAUUUGUCAAUU